CUAACUGUCAAAAAGUAGGUCAAAAAAUUCUUUGAUUAUUAAUACGUGUUGGCCGUAUGGAGUGAUUUUUCGCAACGAUUUUCGAAAAAAUCGUGCUAUAACCGUAACCGAAGGUGCCUAAACGGACAAAUGGUGUUGAAAAUGCAAUCAUUUUAAGGUUAAGAUAAAAAAAUCGAUUUUAAUCGAGAAUGGUUUAAAUUUUCCAAAAUAUGGCAGAUAAAUUGGGAAUAGGCAACGAAGUGAGGGAAUUACGGAUAGGGCAGAGUUUUACGAACCCUAAAUCCACCGCAUUUCACUCCAUUAGAUACGAUUUUAAGCCUGCUUCUGUCGAUACUAGCAAAAAGGCGAACGUAGAUGUAGGAAAUAAUCGCCAGGUCACUAUUACAGUGCCUCAUUUAGAUGGUGCUGGGACUGCCCAAACAGUUUUCAGAGGCCCCCAACGGCCAUAUCAAAAAGAAUGUGUUUUAAUUAUUGAUAAAGUAACAGGGCAAAUAACUAUAGAAAAAUUGUCUAGUAAUAUACAGGUUAAAAAAACUAGAAAUGAAACUAAAGUGCCUGAACGUAUUCAACCAUCUGAAAGCAAAUCUUCCUCCUCGGCCUCGAGUAUGGGUGGUAGAUCACAAACCCCCACAUUAGGUCAAAGAAUAUCACAUAAAACGAAAGUUACAAGUGGUAAUCGUAGAGCAGAUAGGCAGAUUACACAGUUGAUUCCUAAACAUUCGCCUUUGAGAGCGAGCCCCAAUUAUAACUCGCCUGGACAUCAUGUCAGAAGUCCCAAAAAUGACCCAUCUCACUUGGUCACGGAAUCUAACCCAAGCACGCUUGCCAGUUUGCCUUUUAUAAAUUUGGACGAUUUUUCGGACCGCCCUGCGCCGUCUGGCAACGUCGCCACCAACCAUAAUGUACAAAAUAUGCAUAAAAGUCCCAACUUUCACAUAUCUCCGGAACACGAAACAAACAAUGGGGUGGAAGAAAUGUCAGAUUCCUCGUCGUCGAGUUCGGAUUCGGAUUCCGAUUCGGACAACGAAUCCCCACCGCAAAACAAAAUUAUUCCGAACGUUGUGAAAACGAACGGGCACACGAACGGAGUUCCGACCGCCACCCAUCUGCUGAAAGAGGACCUGUGUCUCUCUGAAUCUGGCUCCGAUUCAGAUUAAAUUAUUUAUUUUGAUUAUCUAACUGCCCUUUAAAUUAAAUAAAAUAAUAAAAAAUGUAUAUUUAAAGAAUAAAAACGGAUAAAAUAAUGAAUGAUCAAUAUUUAAAUAUAAGGAAUAUUAUAUAUAAUGUACAAUAUUUACUACAAAUACAGCUUAAUUGCAUCGAAUA